AUGGCCGACGAUACCCCAAUGUCAAACAUGCAAGGACCCACAGCUGUGCAGCUUCCUGCAAAUAUACAGCAGAACUCAAUCCCUCAAGGUCCAGGGGAACUCUAUACUCCAGCCCAUGAUUAUCACACAUCUGUGCCUAUCUCACGUCAAAAGACUCUGGUACCACCCUUGACGCUUGGUGCGUAUUCAGAUGAUAAUUUGAUCCUGGAACCACCUAAGGAGCACUCAUUUGAGAUUGGGGAAUUCGUUCCUCCUGGAUUCUUCGACCGCGCCCAUCAUACCUGGUUCUCGCACCAUGCGUCUACUGCUGACUGGACGUACGCUCAGCGUCGUGAGGCCCAGCAAAUUCUGCCUUUCUUGUACCUGGGACCCGCAUCGAUGGCGCGGGAUAGAGACUUUGUUCGCAGUGAAGGCAUCACAUUGUUGUUAUCCAUUCGCGAUAAACGAUCCGCCAUUGCCCGUUUAUUGUCUGGUGCCAAGGUAGCUGAAGAGCUAGGCAUCCAAGCAGAUGCGAUCGAUGUCGAUAGUGAGCAAGAACUCAUUAGCCUGUAUCCCAGUAUCAUCCGGGGAAUCAACCAACAUAUAUCGUCUGGAGUCUCUGCUAGGCCAGAUCUACCACCGAGAGUGCUCGUCUUUUGCGAAUCUGGUAAUGGACGAUCUGCAAGCGUCGUGAUUGCCUACAUAAUGAGCAUGAUGAAUCUGGAUAUGGUCUCGGCAAUGUGGGCCGUACACCAUCGACGUUUCUGUAUCGAUGUGGACGAGUCUAUGCAGACACUCCUCCAGUCAUACCAGGCUAUUCUCGAUGCGAAGAGGGAGGUCGCCAAGGCUCGUCGACAGGAAGUUACUACAUCUUCUUCACUGGGUAUACAGCCGUCGUCUCGUCCAGGUGGUCAGCUCGCGAAGAAACGAAGUUUUAUAGAAUAUGACUGCGAUAACAAUACACCUAUUCACAGUGGGCACAACGGCUUUUCGAGUCAAAAAACUGUGAUUCAAGCCAAUGAUGACGCCGAGCAUCUGAAACAGAAGCCUGCUCCUUUCAUAGAGCGCGCUGCUUGA